ACACACACCACACACACACACGCACAUUUUCCUAUUCUAAAUAUAGAUAUCUAUAUAUACCACAACAUCCUUUUUCCUGUUCCCGCAGUAAGAUAAACCCAUUCCGUCGUCAUCCUCAUCCGGGACCCAAAACGUCAUCGUGCGAUCUACCACGAUCCACAUUUCAUCGUUCAAACACCUUCACUAACCGUCAGCCGUGAUGGCCGACACAGGAGCAGGUGGUCGGAGCCACCAGAUGAAAGUCGUCCUCCUCGGCGAGGGCUGCGUCGGCAAAACGUCGCUCGUCCUCAGAUAUUGCGAAAAUAAGUUCAACGAGAAGCAUAUUAGCACUCUGCAGGCGUCGUUUCUAACGAAGAAGUUGAACAUAGGAGGCAAGCGAGUGACGUUGAACAUUUGGGAUACAGCAGGCCAGGAGCGGUUUCAUGCGCUCGGUCCGAUCUAUUACAGAGACAGCAAUGGAGCUCUGCUAGUGUAUGACAUCACAGAUCAAGAUUCCUUCCAGAAGGUACAGAAGUGGGUGAAAGAGUUGAGGAAGAUGUUAGGUGAUGAUAUAUGUUUGUGCAUAGUCGGCAAUAAAAUAGACUUGGAGAAAAACAGAACAGUCGAAGUCAGUGAGGCAGAAAGUUACGCACAAGCGGUUGGUGCGAAACACUUCCACACGUCGGCGAAACUGAACAAAGGCAUCGAAGACAUGUUCUUAGAUCUAUGCAAACGAAUGAUCGAGAGAGCUCCUAAGGCAGGCAUAGGUGCCGGGAUGGGAACGUAUGGUGGCCAACGUGGCGUCGACAUCAUCGACGACGAACCCGAGAGACGUAACGGUGGUUGCUGCUCUUGAGUUAACUUACCCACCUCGUUUGGUAUCUGUAUUUGUGUAUGAUAAUGUGCCACUGGAGUAUAUGAUGGACUGUUGAAUGUGGCUUUGUUAGCUAUGUGGGAGGCUUUAUCUUGUACACAUGACAAGGGUCUAAACCA